UCGCCGUGAUGCUCUUCCAAAAUCCCCGCCCCAGCCACCUAUCUUUCUUUCACUCGUCCUGCACCGUAGUAAUGCUUGCGUAAAUUCUAAAGGAACCACCCGAAUCGCCAAAUCCCAAAUCUUUCCUUCAACAACUACAUCGUCGAUUGAUAAUCGUCAUGACAAACAUCAAGUUCGCCGUUUCUAUGCAGCGGUUGCUUCCGUUUGUUGGGUAUCAUCAUAUUUUGAUGCUGGUACAGACGGUUGGCGUGAUUCUCACAUCCAUCGUGUUAGCAGGUUGCUCAAGUUACUCGUCAAUGACCAACGUAUACAUUCUUGGACUGUCAUACACCAACUCAACGACGGAAAACCUAAGCCCAAUCGGCAAGAACCUCUCAGACACGUUCAGUAGGUACAAAGGCGGGUCGCAACUGGAAGUUCGAACAGGCUACUUUGGUAUGUGUGUGAGGCAACGUGGGGUCGUUUGGCUCUGUAGUUCUGAUGCAGCGGGCCUUGCGAUUCAGAUCGGACAAGAAAGCGACCCAUUGGACUUAAUAGGGGCAUCCGCAAAAUUCAGAGACGAUGUCAUUUUCUCUGGGUUGCUCUUUAUGGCUAUCGUUCUCGCUUUUGCGAGCGUACUAUUGCUGGCCACCUUUCCCGGUUGGCAUGAAGAAACAGACGAGAGAACAGGUUCAGUGGUGGAUGUUAAACCUUUUCCUUCUCGGCCUAUCUCGCAGAUUGCUCUUUCAUGCAGCUUCGUCGCGUCUAUAUUGUUACUCAUCUCUGGAUUGUGGCAACAUGUGGGUUCGGUGGGGGCAGCCGCCAUGGCUGAUAUCGCAUAUCACGGAAGCGUUCACACGGACAUUGGGGCGCAAGCGGUAGCAAUGACGUGGGCGAGUUUCACACUCAUCAUGAUUAGCGCAAUAGCGUUGCUUAUGAUGAUCCUGUCAAUUUUGGCGUUGGAUAGGCUUACGGAUGACUAG